AUGGAUGGUGGACUUCACAAUGUGGAUGGACCAACAAAUCCCUCUGACUCCGAGCAACCUCGUACUCUGAGGGAUGGUGACGGAAUUCAGGGGGAGGAGACCUUUUCCUGUCCUGAAUGCGGGGAAAGUUUUACCUCUGAAUUAAGUCUCACUGUACAUCAGAGAUCUCACACAGGUGAGAAGGUUCAUUCCUGUUCUGAGUGCGGGAAAUGUUUCCUUCAUAAAUCAGAACUUGUCAUACAUUGCAGAUCUCACACAGGAGAAAAGCAAAAUUCCUGCCCCGAAUGUGGGAAAUGCUUUAUAGAUAAAUCACAACUUGCUAGACAUCUGAGAUCUCACACGGGGGAGAAGCCAUAUUCCUGCCCUGAGUGCUGGAAAUGUUUUUCACAGAAAUCACAACUUGUUACACAUCAGAGAUCUCACACAGGGGAGAAGCCAUAUUUAUGCUCCGAGUGCGGGAAAACUUUUUCGCGGAAAUCAGUUCUGCUUAGACAUCAGACAUCCCACACUGGGGAGAAGCCAUUUUCCUGCCCUGAGUGUGGGAAAUGUUUUUCACAGUUUUCCUCUCUCUACUCACAUCAAAAGAUGCACACAGAUGAAAAGCCGUAUUCUUGCCCUGAGUGUGGGAAAUGUUUUUCUUGGAAAACAAAACUUGUUAGGCAUCAAAGAUCUCACACUGAAGAGAAGUCAUGUUCCUGCCCUGAAUGUGGGAAAUGUUUUACAGAUAAAUCACAACUUGCGAGACACCAGAGAUCUCACACAGGGGAGAAGCCAUAUGCCUGCCCUGAGUGUGGAAAAUGUUUUUCACAGACAUCAGUUCUGGUUAGACAUCAGAGAUCUCACACAGGAGAGAAGCCAUAUUCCUGUCCUGAGUGUGGAAAAUCUUUUUCAGAAAAAUCAGGCCUUGUUAAACAUCAGAGAUUGCACACGGGGGAGAAGCCGUAUUCUUGCCCUGAGUGUGGGAAAUGUUUUUCAAGGUUGUCCUAUCUUUACUCACAUCAGAGAAUCCACACGGGGGAGAAACCCUAUUCCUGUCCUGAGUGUGGGAAAUGUUUUAUAGAUAAAUCACAACUUGUUAGACAUCAGAGAUCUCACACGGGAGAGAAACCGUAUUCCUGUUCUGAGUGUGGGAAAUGCUUUUCACAGAAAUCAGACCUUUUUAGGCAUCAAAGAUUGCACACGGGAGAGAAGCCAAAUUCUUGCCCGGAAUGUGGGAAAUGUUUUAUAGAGAAAUCACAACUUGUUAAACAUCAGAGAUCUCACACGGGGGAGAGGCCGUAUUCCUGCCCGGAGUGUGGGAAAUGUUUUUCACAGACGUCAGACCUUGUUAAACAUCAACGAUCUCAUACGGGGGAGAAGCCAUAUUCCUGCCUUGAAUGUGGGAAGUGUUUUAUCGAUAAAUCACAACUUAUUAAACAUCAGAGAUGUCACACGGGGGAGAAGCCGUACUCUUGCCUUGAGUGCGGGAAAUCUUUUUCACAGAAAUCAAUUCUGGUUAGACAUCAGAAAUCUCACACUGGAGAAAAGCCAUAUUCCUGCCCUGAGUGUGGGAAAUGUUUUUUACACAAAUCAGACCUUGUUAUCCAUCAAAGAACUCACACGGGGGAGAAGCUGUAUUCUUGCCCUGAGUGCAGGAAAUCUUUUUCACGGUUUUCCUCUCUUUACUCACAUCAGAAGAUUCAUACAGGUGAGAAGCCAUAUUCUUGCCCUGAGUGCGGGAAAUGUUUCUCAUGGAAAUCAAAACUUGUAAGGCAUCAGAGAUCUCACACUGGGGAGAAGCCGUAUUGCUGCCCCGAAUGUGGGGAAAGUUUUAGAUCUGAAUUAAGUCUUACCGUACAUCAGAGAUCUCACACAGGUGAUAAGGUUCAUUCCUGUUCUGAGUGCGGGAAAUGUUUUCUUCAUGUAUCAGAACUUGUCAUACAUUGCAGAUCUCACACAGAGGAGAAGUUGUAUUCCUGCCCUGAAUGUGGAAAAUGUUUUACACGGAAAUCGCAACUUAAUAGACAUUACAGAUCUCACACGGGGGAGAAGCCUUAUUCCUGCUCAGAGUGUGGGAAAUGUUUUUUACAGAGUUCAGACCUUGUUAGACAUCGGAGGUCUCACACAGGCGACAAGCCGUAUUCCUGCCCUGAGUGCGGGAAAUGUUUUUCACAAAUAUCAGUCCUUUAUAGACAUCAGGGAUCUCACCCAGGGGAGAAGCCGUAUUUCUGCCCCGAGUGUGGAAAAUGUUUUCCACGGAAAUUAGACCUAAGUAAACAUCAGAGGAUGCACACGGGAGAGAAGCCAAACCCUUGCUCUGAAUGUGGGAAAUGUUUCACACAGAAAUCAAAACUUAUUAGACAUCAGAGAUCUCACACGGGGGAGAAGCCGUACUCUUGCCCUGAGUGCGGGAAAUGUUUUUUACAGAAAUCAGACCUUGUUAUUCAUCAGAGAUUGCACACUGGAGAGAAGCCGUAUUCCUGCCCUGAGUGUGGGAAAUGUUUUUCGUGGUUUUCCUCUCUUUACAAACAUCAGAAGGCUCACACAGGGGAGAAGCCGUAUUCCUGUCCAGAAUGCGAGAAAUGUUUUUCACAGAAAUCACACCUUGCUAAGCACCAGAGAUCUCACACGGGGGAAAAGCCGUAUUCUUGCCUUGAAUGCGGGAAAUGUUUUUUACACAGUUCGGACCUUGUUAAACAUCAGAGAUCCCACACGGGGGAGAAGCCGUAUUCCUGUCCCAAAUGCGGGAAAUGUUUUUUACAAAAAUCAGACCUUGUUAAACAUCAGAGAUCUCACACAGGGGAGAAGCCGUAUUCCUGCCCUAAAUGCAAAAAAUGUUUUUUCACUUAA